AUGCGUUUGAAGUCAGUCGAGGUUGUCUUUUUAUUCCAUUUCUUUGCGCAAUAUUUAAAUGGUGAAUCGCUUCUGAGCACAACUUCACCCACCAGCCUACCAACAACCUGUUCACGAUCUACGAAUCGUCAUUCGGGAGUUCAGCUGAUCCAUCCUCAGCCGGGAUUCCGCGAGCCUUUUCAAGUGUUUUGCGACCAAGAGUUCGAGGACGGAGGAUGGGUCGUGAUCCAGAACCGUUUCGAGGGCUCCGUGUACUUCCACCGGGAUUGGCGCGAGUACGAGCGGGGUUUCGGGAACAUUGAGGGUGAAUUUUGGUUGGGACUGGGAAAGAUCCACGAGUUGAGCUAUUCGAGGCGGUACGAGUUGGUGGUGGUGUUGGAGGAUUGGGAUGGCGUUGAAGCGAUUGCACGGUAUAGUGAGUUUUUGGUGGCUGGACCGGUGGAGAAGUACGAGUUGAAGAGUUUGGGAACGUUUGAAGGGAGUGCUGGAGAUUCGAUGCAGAAUAAUGUUGGGAUGGGGUUCAGUACGUUCGACGCUGAUCAUGAUCUUCAUCCGGAGAAUUGUGCUGAGUUUCGAAGAGGCGCUUGGUGGUACAGAUAUUGCAAUGAAAGUAACUUGAAUGCACUUUAUAUGAGAGGACUCAACGAGACGUCGAUGUUUUGGCUCACAUUUCGAGAUCACUUCUAUGGUUUGAAACGCACCAGAAUGAUGAUUCGAGCUGUCGUCUAG